AUGCGAGCAACAGCGUUCCUCAAUACUCUAGUGACGGGAUUCGCCGUGGCCUUGGCCCUGGCUACCUCGCCAGUGUCAGCGGCGCCCGACCUCACCUGCACACACACCGUCUUCUUUGACAUCACACACGGCUCAAAGGACGUCGGAAGGAUCGAGAUGUGUCUGUAUGGCAACGUGGUCCCCAAGACCGUUGAGAACUUCCUCCAGCUCUCCACUGGCCAGCAGGGAUACGGCUACGAAGGAUCCAUCUUCCACCGUGUCAUCUCCAACUUUAUGAUCCAGGGAGGUGACUUCACCGAGGGUUCCGGUCGUGGUGGAAAGUCCAUCUACGGCGCUCGUUUCGCCGACGAGAACUUCCAGCUCAAGCACGAGGGUGCUGGUACCUUGUCCAUGGCCAACGCUGGCAAGGACACCAAUGGCAGCCAAUUCUUCAUCUGCACUGUCAAAACCUCAUGGCUCGAUGGCAAGCACGUCGUCUUCGGCAAGGUCACUUCAGGAAUGGACGUCGUGAAGUACAUCGAGAAUGUGCCCAAGGCACGGGGAGACCGGCCCCUGGAGGAGGUCAAGAUUGCCAAGAGUGGAGAAGUGAACGCCGCCACGGUGGGUGAAGGGCAUGAAGAGCUCUAGGCGAAAGCGGACAUCCAGUGGGUGCCGCCUUGUGCUGGGAAGCGGCCGGGCAGGACAGGCCUGAGCGUCAAGUCCGAGAGGUCAGAGACUGACACCAAGUCUCUGCUUGUACAUCUGUCCUGCCUUGUCAUCUAUAGUCGCCCUUUACCGCUGUCGCCACUACUGAGGCCCCUACCAAGGCUCAGCCGACAACACCCUCGAUUGAAGAACUGGCAGCGCAAAUCGCCUCCCUGCAAGCCGCACAGCAAGGCGCUGUGACACCAGUAGCCAAGAU